CUUUCAAUUCUUCAUAUUUGAAACCAUGUCUGGACGCGGCAAAGGUGGAAAGGGUCUCGGCAAAGGCGGUGCCAAGCGCCACCGCAAGAUCUUGCGCGACAACAUUCAGGGAAUCACCAAGCCCGCUAUCCGCCGUCUCGCCCGUCGUGGCGGUGUUAAGCGUAUCUCCGCUAUGAUCUACGAGGAGACCCGCGGUGUGCUCAAGUCCUUCCUUGAGUCCGUCAUCCGUGACGCUGUCACCUACACUGAGCACGCUAAGCGUAAGACCGUCACUUCCCUCGACGUCGUCUACGCCCUCAAGCGCCAGGGCCGUACCCUCUACGGUUUCGGUGGUUAGAUUUGUCUUGCGACUUUCAUCGUCUUAA